GAUUCGCUUGAGUGUAUGAUACACUGAUACAGGUGUAUCAGUAUACAAUAUCGUCGCUUGUGCUUGCGCGCACAGCAUGGAGGCAUCCUGAUUCUCCUGAUGAGGAGCACGGAGCACAGAGUGACGACGUUAAGACACGCACAAAAGACGCGCACCGACAACGCACCGUUAGUGAACUUUGGAACUUCGCACUUUGAUCCGUAUCCGAUACCUGACACGAGCACGGCUCUCCUCCUCGCACGCACUCUUUUUCUUGCCAGGGAUGUUGAAUUGAGGAUCACGCUUAUUGUGCACACUUUACGAAUUUAAUUAAUGAGAAUUGUGAAGCAUAGAGUAUAGAGAAACCAAAAAUUUAUAUUUUUUAUAAAGCAUAUAGUCUAGUACUAUAUUUGCUUAUAUCACCAUGGGAGUAUUCGCCUUUGUGAAGCAAUGGUUGGUGAUACACCUUUUGUUUGCCAUCACAUUUUUUACAUCCGGCUUGAUAAUAAAUUUCUUCCAAUGCAUCUUAUACUUUGGACUGAGGCCCUUCUCUAAGUACCUCUACCGCAAGAUCAACUAUUAUCUUUGCUACUCCUUUUAUUGUCAAUUGGUAUUUAUGGCAGAAUGGUGGGCAGGAUCCGACCUAGUACUGUAUAUAGAUAAGGAGGACUUUGAUAAAUAUUUCGGUAAUGAACAUGGCUACCUUCUGAUGAAUCACAGUUACGAAACCGAUUGGUUGAUCGGCUUUCUGCUAUGCGAACGCGUAAGAUUACUAGGUAAUUGCAAAGCUUAUGCUAAGAAAUCGAUACAAUAUAUUCCUACACUGGGAUGGGCAUGGAAAUUUGCUGAAAGUAUUUUUCUCGAGAGAAGUUGGGAGAAAGAUAAGGAGAAGAUCAAAAGUCAAAUCAAGGAGCUUGUCGAAUAUCCUGACACAAUGUGGCUGCUGCUCUAUCCCGAGGGUACACGUUUCACAUCGAAAAAAUUAGAAGCCAGUCAGAAGUUUGCCAUUGAAAAAGGUUUGCCAGUAUUAAAAUAUCAUUUAACACCACGCACAAAAGGCUUUACCGCUAGCAUUCCGCACAUAAGAGGCAAAGCAACAGCCAUCUAUGACAUUCAGAUAGCUUUUAAGCCAUCUGAUCCCGUGAAGCCAACCAUGAAAAAUCUCCUCUUAGGAAAACCGUUAGAGGGACAUAUGUAUGCUAAAAGAAUUUCUGUUGAAGAAGUGCCGGAGGGAGACGAAGCUGCUGCUGAAUGGCUGCAGAAGCUUUACCAACAAAAGGACCGUAUGGCGGAGAGCUUUUAUAAGACUGGCGAUUUCUUUGCCACGAGUGGAGUACCUAGAACAGGCUCGUUCAGACUAAAGAGAAGAUACUAUUCUCUUAUUAACACUAUUUUCUGGGCGAUAGUUGUCCUUGUACCAAUGCUAUAUUAUCUCCUAAGGCUUCUCCUAUCCGGCUCAAUCUUCGGCAUUACCAUCGGGGUCGGGGUUAUCUUCAUAUUUUAUUUGCUGAUGUACAAAACUCUCGGAAUGUCGGAGAUAAGCAAAGGUUCAUCGUAUGGCGCGGCGAAUACGAAAAAGGACGAAUAAUUUUAAAGCAAUUACUUUAAGAGAUAAUUUCUUUAAAAAAUAGAAGUGUCAAAGUAAGAAUCUGACUGGAUUAUUGUGAUUUCGGGAAGAAAGAGAGUGAGGAAAAAAAACAUUACAGAAAAA